GGUUACAGGUUGGAUGCUCCAGGACAAAUAACGUAAGGCAGGCAGGCAGGGGCAACGGCAACUGAGAAGCAAGUCUGAAGUUUCACCCUUCGCGGCAACGUUUGUAACUUUUUAGCCCAUGGGCGCAGUGGGGUUUGCGAGUGCAUUCUCUAACAUACACUUACCGAGGAUUACUUUGAAUGUUCACUAACUUUAGUUCGGCAAACAAUUGACGUGGCCAGGGCUCCCAAUUACAGGCUAACGUUACUUUGUUCUUGAUCUUAUUUAUUUAUGGCGACUUACAAGAAGUUGGAGGAGAAGUUUAUUUGAAACUUUAACAGAAACGCGUGCAUUCUGGAGGACGAUAAAAAGGGGAAAAAAACCCAAAUCACCUUCGUGGACAUAUUUCAUUGAUACAAAGGGGAAAUUUAGCCGAUCGUCGCCCAGACCGUGUGGCUCUCCGAUGCCUCACGGCAUUGUUCUGCCUGGAGUGGGCAUGCAAGCUUUACUUCUCAUCGCCUAAGGAAUGCUCCAGUCGCAAAUCUGGCGGAAUUAAACGUAACUUUUGGAUUUAUUUUCCGGGCGGAAUUUCUUUGAAGUUGGCUGAAAUGGAUAUCACCGUGUCAGAACUGAUGGCGAACUUCAUGGACACCCCGUUGGUGGUCUGGGUGAAGACCUUCGGGCCACUUGGAACCGGGACGGAGGAUAAACUCUCUAUGUUCAUGGACCUAGUAGACGGGGUCUUCCUGCAUAAGAUCAUGACACACGUAGACCCCAAUCCAACUAACCAGCGUGUGCACAAAAAUGUCAACAACGACAUCAACCUCAGGAUACAGAACCUCAACGUCGUCAUCCGACACAUCAAGCACUACUAUCAGGAGAGCCUUCAGCAGCUGAUCCUUAUGAACCUGCCCAACGUGCUCGCCAUCGCCAAGGACCCUCUCUCAGGCAAAAGCAUGGAAGAAGUCAAGAGAAUGCUGCUGUUGAUCCUGGGAUGUGCUGUACAGUGUGAGCGGAAGGAGGAGAUCAUCGAGAAGAUCAAGCUGCUAGACAUCGAAACGCAGGCGGCCAUCGUCUCCCAUAUUCAAGAGGUGACUCAGAACCAGGAGAACGUUCUGGACCUGCAGUGGCUGGAGGUGGACGAGCUGCCCAUGGAGGAGCUGGACCCGCUCUCCCGCACCAUGGCCUUCCACCUGCGCAAGCUCGUCGACGAGCGAGACGACAGUUCAGAGUUGAUCGUGGAGCUGACCCAGGAGCGAGACUACCUGCAGUCCCAGCAGCCCCCCAACGGCAUUCUGGGCAGCAGCUCCAGCCCCGAGAGGCAGCCGGCGGCCCCCCUGUCCAAGGAGGAGCGGCAGCACCUGGCCGUGGAGCUGGCCGACACCAAAGCCAAGAUGCGCCGCUACCGUCAGGAGCUGGAGGAGAAGACUGAACAACUAAUGGACACCAAGAAUGAGGUGGAGAGAAUGGAUACAGAGCUUCAGAAACUCAAGCAAGAGAACGUGGCGCUGCUGGCCGAGGCACGGUCCGUGCGGGCGUACCGGGACGAGGUGGACGCGCUGCGGGAGCGUGCUGGACGUGUGGACCGCCUGGAGACAGAGCUGUCCCGCUGCAAAGAGAGACUACACGAUGUCCACUUCUACAAGACCCGCGUCGAGGAGUUGAGAGAGGACAACAUCACCCUGAUCGAGACCAAGUGCCUGCUGGAGGAGCAGCUCUCCACAGCUAGGGGGCGCUGUGACAAGCUGCACGAGCUGGAGAAGGAGAACCUGCAGCUGCGCUCCAAACUGCACGACAUGGAGAUGGACCGGGACACGGAUAAGAAACGCCUGGAGGAGCUGUUGGAGGAGAACAUGCUGCUGGAGAUCUCACAGAAGCAGAGCAUGAACGAGUCCGCUCACCUGGGCUGGGAGCUGGAGCAGCUGUCCAAGAACAACGACAACAACGAGGCGCGCAAGUCGUUUGUGUUCGAGCUGAACGAGUCGGCGUCCAGCCGGCUUCUGAAGCUGGAGAAGGAGAACCAGGGUCUGCAGAGCACCAUCCAGGAGCUGCGGCAGGGCGCCCUGGCCCAGGAGGAGAGCCAGCUUCACGGCCAAGAGCUGGAGCGCGAGAACCAGGGCCUCAGCAAGAAGCUUGAGCGUCUGCAGACGCUGCUGGACCAGGAGAAGCAGACCAACCAGGACAUGGAGAGUCUGGGCGAGGACCUCCUCAAGGACAAGCAGAAGCUGGAGAAGGUCAUGGAGGGCCUGCAGGCUGACAAAGACAAGCAGAUCUCGGAGCUGGAGCAGGAGAAGCAGCACCUGAGCGAGGCGGUGAGCUCGCUGCGGCGGCGGGCACAGGCGGACAGCGAGGCGCGGGUGCGCGAGGUGGAGGGGGAGAACAGGGCGCUGCACCAGAGCAUCACGGACACGGGCGGGCGACUGGCGCGUCUGGAGACGGAGCAGCGGCAGAAGACCAAGGAGCUGGAGACGCUGCGCGAGAGGGCGGAGCGCUGUGACGAGCUGGAGAGGGACAUGAGCCGCGUGGAGAGGGCCAGGGAACAGCUGCAGAGAGAGGUGGCGUCUCUGAAGAUCACCUGCGACCGCACCGAGGCGCUGGAGCGGGAGAACGCCACCCUGGAGAAGGACAACCGGCGGCUGAAGAAGCUGGCGGACACGGCCCAGAACGCAGCGCUGCGGCUGGGCGCGCUGGAGCAGGAGCAGAGGCAGCUGGACCAGGAGAACCUGGAGCUGCGGCGGCAGCUGGAGGCCCUCAAGCCCGCCUCGGCCCGGCUGACGCAGCUGCAGCAGGAGUACGAGGAGCUGGAGCGCGAGCGCGAGGACACCGGGAGGACGCUCGAGGAGCUCCGCACGCAGGCUAAGAGGUCCGAGCGUCUGGAGCUGAGCUGCAGCAGUCUGAGCCAGGAGAACCAGCGUCUGCAGCAGUCCCUGGACAACACCUCCACCAAGCUGCAGGGCGUGGAGCAGGAGCUCCAGCAGGCCGAGGAGAAGGCCCAGCAGCUGCGCCGCGAGCUCGAGCAGGAGGCGCGCCCCGCGAGCCGCCGCGCCCAGGCCCUGGAGAAGGACAAGCGCGGCCUGGAGCAGGAGCUGGCCCAGGCGGAGAAGGAGCGCAAGCAGGCGGAGAAGGAGGCGCGCUGGCUCCGACAGCAGCUGGAGGCCAAGGAGGCGGCGCUGGACGAGAGCGGCCUGAGGCUGGCCAGCCUGGAGCGGGAGGGAGGCGCCAUGGGCAAGGAGCUGGGCCGGCUGAAGGAGACGGCGGGCAGGGCCAAGGAGCUGGAGAGGGAGAGCAAGGAGCUCCAGAAGCAGGCCACCAUCGACAAGAGGACCCUGGCCACACUCCGAGAGGACCUGGUGAAUGAGAAGCUGAAGGUGCAGCAGCAGUGUAACGAGCUGGACACUCUGAGCCACGAGCUGGAGAAGAUCGGCCUCAACCGAGAGAGACUGCUGCAGGAGGAGCACAGCUGUGAAGACAAUAAGUACAAGAUCCUGGAGUCCAAGAUCGAGUCCACGCUGAAGAAGACUCUGGAGCUCCGCGAGGAGAAGAUCCAGGGCCUGGAGUCGCGUCUGGAGGAGUCCAGCAACCUCAACCUGCAGCUGCGCACGGAUCUUAGCACGGUGAAGAAGACUCUGGAAGCUUUGAGGCAGAGACAAGAAGAGGAGGCGGCCCACACCCAGAGCUCCCAGAAUGCACAGGGACAGGGCGCGGUCAGGGCGGUGAGGGAGAAAUGGGAGACGGAGCAACGGGAAGCCACUACUCAGCUCCUCAAACUGAAGGACCGGCUCAUUGAUGUUGAGAAGAAUAAUGCUGCUCUGCAGACAGAGAAGCAUCUGAUGAAGGAGCAGCAGUCCACGCUGGAAUCCCAGAAUGCUCAGCUGAAUGCACAAACGCUAGCACUACAGAGACAAGCUGCCGCCCUACAGGAGCACAACACUGCACUACACACUCAAACCGCCAAACUACAGGUGGAGCACUCCACCAUCAACUCCCAGAGUGCCUCUCUGAUGGCCCAGAAUGCCACGCUGCAGGGGCAGGUGCAGGCGCUGGAGGGGGACGUGGAGGGUCUGCAGCGGGAGCGCGAGGGGGCGCGGGCCGCCCAGGAGGGGGCGAUGCGCGAGCACGAGCGGCUGCUGGGGGUGCACGAGCGCCAGGCGGCCGAGUACGAGCAGCUCAUCUCCCAGCACACCGCGCUCAAGGCCAGCCAGAGGGCCCUGGAGCAGGGGCACCGCAACCUGGAGAACAAGUACCAGGUGCUUCUGAAACAGAAGGAUGGGAUGGAGGCUCUGGAGGCUGGUCUGCAGAGAGAGAGGGAGAGUCUGGAGAAGGAGAUUCAAAAGAACACACUCAUCCUGGAGGAGAACCACAACCUGAAGGACGAGAUGGGCCGACUGUCCCAGACACACGGGCAGCUGCGUCAGGAGUACGACGGGCUGCAGGUGCAGACGAAGGAGCUGAAGACGUCUCUGAACUGCGCCCAGCUGGACCUGAACCGCUGGCAGGCCCGCUUCGACCAGCUCAAGGAGCAGCACCAGGGCCUGGACAUCUCCAUGGCCAAACUGGACAACCACUGCGAGUUGCUGACGCGUCUGAAGGGGAACCUGGAGGAGGAGAACCACCACCUCCUCAGUCAGAUCCAGAUGCUGAGUCAGCAGAACCAGACCCUACUGGAGCGGACCAUGGAGAGCAAGGAGCACUACCACGAGGAGCAGAAACAGUACAUUGAUAAGUUGAACUCCCUGAGGCGUCAGAAGGAGAAGCUGGAGGAGAAGAUCAUGGACCAGUACAAGUUUUAUGACCCCACCCCCAAAAAACGUAACAAUUGGGUGGGUGCCAAGGCUCUGGCCAAGCUCAUGAAGCCCAAGAAGGAGAGCUCCCGUGAGCGGGACCGGGUCCGCAGCGCCCCCGACAUCCCUCUGCCAGACCCCCCUCCCCUGCUGCCCGCCGACUGCCCCGACGGGUUCCCCCCCCUGCCCCCGCCUCCGCUGCCCCCGCGCCAGUCGCGCCUCAGCCUGGACUCGGCCGGCAGCCGCUCGCCGGAGGAGAACCACGUGCAGUCGCCCGCCCUCACGCCCACUCACGCCAGCAGAGCUUACAAUGAUGGCACAUUGCCACGGGGCAGGGACCUGUACCGGACACCAGGGGGCAGUAAUGAGAGCGUGAACGGCCACGAGGAGCUGCCAGUCAGGCGCCGGCAGGGCGGGGAGAUGGGCGGAGGCCCCACCAGCUCCACCCCCCUCAACCAUGGCUCCACCCCCCUCAACCAUGGCUCUGACCCCAGACUGAGCAGAAGGCCAAGAGGCUUGAACUCUGACGACGACUUGCGCCUACUGUCCCCCGACGCCGCCUAUGCUGGUGGUCUCCAUGGUAACGCAGGCUAUCGGCCCAGUUCCGCAGACCUCAGUCUCAACCAUUCUGGCAGCAACUCUCCCAUCACUCCCAGAGCGGGAGGGAGGGGGAAGAGUGAACAGGGCGGUUAA